AAGCCGGCGCAGGAGAGGCGGGGCGUGAGUUGGUUUGCCGCUGUGGUUGUCUUCAAGAUGGCGGGGCUGCAUUUGAGGCAGUAUGGCGGCGCUUCGAAAAUUGAAAUAAUUUAAACAGGUAGUUAGGGCCCCAAAAGGAGACCGCCGUGUCAUAUUUAUCGCUACCAGAAGAUACCAGUGGAGGAUGAUCAGUGCCUAGAUCCAAUAUUAAGCUGAAUGCAUUGUGAUUUCCAAUAAUUGAGACAGUGAUUCUGAAAGCUGUCUACAUUAAUGAAAAGAACAAUGUAGUCAGCUUAGCAUUUUCACCUCUGGUACGUGGUCUAUACAGGGAUGUGCUUCUGCAUGCAUUCUGGGUUUAGAUAAGAAGAAAGUCUCUGAACAGGUCAGAUUGUCGAAUAAAUUAUCAGUCUGUAUAAGCUGUAGUUUGUAAUACAGAGGAAAUGGAGAUAGAUGAUGUUCAACCCCCUCUUCCCUUGGAGCCACCUGAUGAUUUUGGCCAAGAUGAGGGCAGAGCACCUCCACCACCUCCCCUGCAAACGUCCAGUGACGCAGAGGUAAUGGACGUUAGCUCUGGUGGUGAUGGAUACACAUACACCCCAGGGAACGGGGAAGCCCAGCCACAGCACCCAGUCAGCAUGGGCUCACUAACUUUCUGUAGCCACCUCUCAAAUGAGGCCAAUCCCAACCCACCGUGCCCCAGAACAGCCCGCCACGCUCCCCCGGUCACCAAGUUUCUACCAGACCUCAAGCUUCUAAAAGAUGUAAAGAUCAGAGUUAGCUUCACUGAAAGCAGCAGUAGCAAAGACAGGAAGGUUUUGUACACAGGUGAAGGGCAGGAGGGAGGAAGUGAUGAUGGCUUAGACGGCCUGAAUGGUGAGUUGCAUGACUGGUCUAGUGAACAGGAGAUAGCUGAGGGUAGCUCCGGAGCCGGAAACACAGCAGGCAGAACAUCGGAGGAGGCUGACAUAGACCUGGAAAACAAGGUAGAGUUCGCCGUCCUGGAUGAGUUGGAUGACUUCUACGAAAACUUCCUGGAUCAUGACGAUGGGGAGCACGGCGGCUUUAAGUCUGAGGUCAUAGUACAGCAGGAGCAAGCAGAUGACGACGUUGUGGCUUACUCCUAUGAGGAGGAGUUUGACAAUGAUGUUGAUGCUCUGCUGGAGGAGGGCAUGCCAGUCCCAAAAAAGAUGCGUCCGGCAGAGGACAAAUAUGGUGGGGACAGUGAUCAUCAUUCGGAUGGUGAAGAAGGUGUUCAGCCCAUGAUGACCAAAAUUAAGACUGUCCUGAAGAGUCGGGGGCGCCCCCCCACUGAGCCUCUACCUGAUGGAUGGAUCAUGACAUUCCAUAACUCAGGCAUUCCAGUCUACCUGCACAGAGAGACCAGGGUGGUUACCUGGUCCAGACCUUACUUCCUUGGGACCGGCAGUAUUAGGAAACAUGACCCUCCUACCAGCAGCAUCCCUUGCCUGCACUACAAGAAAAUGAAGGAACAGGAGGAAAGGGAGCUGAAUGGGGAGGUGACGCUCAAUGCAGAGGAGUUUCCAGUAAAGUCUGGUGAGGAGGACAAUGGUGAAGAGGGAGCAGGCAAGUUAGGGGCUAAAGCCGAGGACCAGGACGACGUCCCUCCCUCCAGUCUGACUGACGGUGGCCCCAGAGAAGGUACAGCUAAUAACAGCCUGCAGAGUAAAGAGACCCAGCCCUGUGACACUGCCCAAGGAGCCUUAGGACAAGUCAAGGCCAAGGUGGAGGUGUGCAAGGAUGAGUCCAUAGAACUUGAAGAGUUUCGCAUGUACCUCGAAAAAUGCUUUGACUUUGAACAAGUCACUGUAAAGAAGUUCCGUACCUGGGCUGAGCGAAGGCAAUUCAACAGAGACAUGAAGAGGAAGCAGGCAGAGUCAGAGAGACCUAUCCUGCCUGCCAACCAGAAACUCAUCACACUGUCUGUCCAAGAUGCACCCACCAAGAAAGAAUUUGUCAUCAACCCGAACGGAAAAUCUGAAGUUUGCAUCUUGCAUGAAUAUAUGCAGCGUGUCCUAAAGGUUCGACCUGUUUACAACUUUUUUGAAUGUGAGAACCCAAGUGAACCCUUUGGAGCGUCGGUCAUUAUAGAUGGAGUUACUUAUGGCACAGGAACCGCAAGCAGUAAAAAACUUGCCAAGAAUAAAGCUGCUCGAGCCACACUGGAAAUCCUCAUCCCUGACUUUGUGAAGCAGACCUCAGAGGAAAAACCUGUUGAGGGCGAUGAACUGGAGUAUUUUAAUCAUAUCAGUAUAGAAGACUCGAGGGUGUAUGAGCUGACCAACAAAGCAGGACUACUUUCGCCAUAUCAGAUUCUUCAUGAGUGCCUUAAAAGAAACCAUGGAAUGGGAGACACCAGCAUUAAAUUUGAGGUGAUCCCAGGGAAAAACCAGAAGAGUGAAUAUGUGAUGACAUGUGGGAAGCACACUGUGCGUGGCUGGUGCAAGAACAAGAGGGUUGGCAAACAACUGGCAUCUCAGAAGAUCUUGCAGAUGCUUCAUCCCCAUGUCAAGAACUGGGGCUCACUGCUGCGCAUGUAUGGCAGAGAGAGCAAUAAGAUGGUCAAGAAGGAGAACUCUGACAAGAGUGUGAUUGAGCUCCAGCAGUAUGCCAAAAAGAACAAGCCAAACCUUCAUAUCUUGAACAAACUGCAAGAGGAAAUGAGGAAAUUGGCCACACAGAGGGAGGAAACUAGGAAGAAACCCAAGAUGACCAUAAUGGAGUUUGCCCAGCCAGGGAGUGAACCCCUCUGCACUGUUGAUGUUUAAGUCUCUGAAAUCACUGAUGAACCACAGCACUGAAACCCUGUCACUGUCAGAAAUCAUACACUACCAUCCAUCACUGAGAUCCAAUGGCAAUAUAGUCACACAUUGACCAGGCUGGUGCAAACUGCUUGCUUCCUUUGCCCAUGUUUUAUUGGUUCAGCUGGUAGAUGUAAGGGUAGGACUAAAUGCACUAACAGAUAGUAGAGCAAACAUCGUCUACCUCUCUAGAUGCAUCCUCACUACGGCACUAAAAAACAAAAAAAAAAAAAAGGAAAAAAAAUCAUCUGGGGUUGCAGAGAAGUUAACCUGACUUGAUAACAUGAACCACAUCAAAAUAAAAAAUGCAUGCUUCUUUAACUGCAUACCUUGGUUUUGUUUUGAAGUGUCGUUUUACAGCAGUCGCAAUCUAAGAGUGCCAGCACCUGUUAGUUUUGUUUUUGCUUCAAGUAUUUGAUGGGGACUACUAAUACUUGUGUAUUUAAUUGGGAAACAAAGUUACUUGUUCAUUGGGUAUUUUAAUGGUUAGUGUUAUGGAUAUUUUGGGUGAUAAAUACAAAAUGUUUUUUUUUCUCAGAAUGGACAGUUGCUGUCCUGGUUUGCAUGAUUUUAAAAACAUGCGUUGUGAAGUAAUCACUAUUCAUAACUAUGGUUGUGCACUCGUGUCCUGUCAGAUAUUUUUGUUAACUGAUCGUGCUGUUGGUACAGGAGCUAACUGCUUUUGGGAUAUUUGGGGUGAUGUUUGUACUUGGAAGGCUUGUUGCCUUUUUUUUUUUUUUUUUUUUAUUUUCUUUUGCGCUGGCAUCCUGCUCCCUCCAUGCCAACACUGCAGUAAACAACCCAAGCACAGGGCCACAGAGUACUGUUGUGUCUAAGUAAAGGAUUGUUUUAUGCUCUUAGUUCUUGCUAGCUUUUUGUUAAAAGUACUAACAUCAUGCACACCAACUAACCACUUACAUUUCAGUAGCUUUUCAUUUUUGGUGCCCUUAAGAGAUCGUGUUGGCUACAUGUUGCCUUAGUUAAUUCAUUUCACGAAGGGCUCAGAGUAUAUUCGAUACAUUGGACCUAAAACGCCCUUCAACAGGAAGUGGAAAGACCAACCCCCCUUUAAUUAAUAAAGCAUUUAUUCUAGUUAGUAUUUUAAUGAAGACAGCCUGUUAAACACAAGAUACUUUAGGGAGAAAUGCCUACAGCAUGUGCAGAUUUUAAACACAAGUCCUAAAGGAUUGUGCAUUUUGUGUACUGCCUAGCAAAAUCUAGUUGAUACACUGACAAAAGAAAUAUGAUCAAGUCCUUUAGUCCAACACGAGCUGGCGAAACUGUGUAUACCAAAGCUUAAAAACAAUCUUAUGCAUUUUAUAGAAUAAUGUUGCUGCAACUGUACAAUAGAAACAUCUAACACAAUACCGUAACGAGACUCAUGACUUGCUGGAACAAUAGAAACUGCUGUGCUUUCUUUGUCAAGUAUUUGGCCUGUGAUUUUUCUACAAAACAAGGACGCGUCACAAUUGAAACAAGACUGUAGUGAUAUUGUAGAUUGCUCUAAGAAUGUGCUUUCCCCUCUGUACGUUUGUUUUGCAAAGUGUGUCAGUGUGAGAACAGAAAAAUAAUACUGCUUUUACAUGUGUUGCUAUUGAGUUGUACCAAUGAAUUGUCUGAGAUGUUGCUGCUUAGAAAAUGAAGUAUGUAUCGCAACCUGAGCUCCAUGAAUUCAGUGAUAUUUGUUAUGCAAAAUAAAAUGUCUUGACUAAG